CACAAAAAUCAAAAUGGCAGCGCCCAUGCAGGAACAUGUUAAAAGCGAGAAAUGGAUCACGGAAAGUGGUGUUUUUUGCCGAAAUGACUACGGCAACACUCCACUCGAAAAAUCUAAGCUGUACAAUCCAAAACUGCUUAUUUUCAGAGAGCUGAUUCUAGCAACUGUAUCGGAGCUAAGUAGGACAAAAGAGACCCCCCUGUAUGCUGUGGACACAAGCAGUGGAUCAGGUUUGGCUGGCAUGCAGUGGAAGAAGCAACUGAAAAGCCAAGUUCACGUCACUAUAACAGACUCCAGCCCUCACAACUGUGUCAAACACAACUGCAGCAAGAAUGACCUUCAGGUGGCAACCUUGACCCCUGACCUUUGCCGACCUCCAGGGCUGCCCCUGGAAAGUCAAGAUGACAAUACACUACAUGUGUGCCGAGCUCUUCCCCUCGCUGUGCUGCAGAUGGAGGCGUUUGACUUUGUCUAUCUGGACCCACGCAAGAACCCCACCAGCUACUUUGAUCCUGUUUUCGCCAACACCAAGAACAAUGGAGUUGUCUCCCUUGUGGUGCCGAACGUCUCCGGCUUUGCACGGACUCCACACAUAGUGUUGCGGAACUACGGUGCUAAUGUCAUCAAAACUGACUACUCCAAGGAAAUGGCGGCAAGGAUUGUCACGGCAUGCAUGGCAAGGAGUGCUGCUAGCUGCAGCAAGGGUAUUCAGGUGCUGUUCUGUGCCAGUUUCGACGACUUCCUCCUGGUGACAGUGAGGGUGUUAAGAGGACCGGUGCACGCUGAUGCGUCUGUGGGGCUAGUCCGUCAACUCAUCCACUGUCAGAUCUGUGAAGAGAGACAGUUCUACCCAGACCAGAAGUCUCCUCUAGAGGACCCAUAUUCCUUGCUGCCAUGUGACUGUCAUGUGACCUCCCCAGGCAGAACGGCUGUUGUCCUAGGUCCAAUGUGGUGUGGUGGCAUCUUCGACACAGAUUUUCUCACCAAGAUGACUCAACAGACAGAAUCCCUCAAAAUCUCUGUGAAAACAAAAUCCUUGCUCUCGAGUUUGAUAGAAGAGUCAGUUUGUUACCUGCCAAAGGAAGAACAGUGUGUUAACUUGUCAUCUGUAUUGACUGUUGAAGAUUCAAAGUCUCUACGGGACAGUGGUACUGAAAAUGACAGUUCCCAAGAAGACUUGAACAUAAUCAAAUCCCCCAAGGUCAACUCAGAAUCCAGAAAACGUGAAUAUGUUUCAGAAUGUGACACACAAACUAAAAAGAUGAAAUCAGUAAAAGACGAUGAAGAGAAAGACUCUUCUAAAGGGAGAUCACUCUCAAAUUCUAUCAGCAAAGGGAGACAAUCUGAUAUGUGUCCACCAUUCUACUGCUCUACACUACAGAGGAAAAACUACAGAGACAUCACUGUGCCAAAACUUGAUCGGAUGGUAACACUGCUCAGAUCCUCCGGCUUCAGAGCCAGCAGAACACACUUUGAUGCAGUGGCCAUGCGCACAGAUGCCAACUUGAAACAGAUAUAUGGUGUUCUCAAACAACACUGUUCAAAACAGAAAUAAAUGUACAUAGAAACUUGA